GCGGAUGGCGGGGCCGUUCGAGGAGGUGGCCGUCUACUUCUCCCGCCAGGAGUGGGCAGAGCUGGCGGGCUGGCAGCGGCGGCUCUACCGGGAGGUGAUGCUGGACACCUACGGAAUGCUCGCCUCGCUGGGCUGGGACACCGUCAAGCCCGAGCUCAUCUGCAAGCUGGAGCGAGGAGAGACGCCGUGCGUUCCAGACCCCCCCGGGGAGCAGCGGAGGCACCGCAGCCCUGUGCCGGGCGGGUCCCGGGGGUCCGUGGCAGCGGUGGGUUGUUCCAUCAGCAGAAGCUGGGGGGACUCGUCCCAAAGCCAGCUCAGAGGGACCUCGGCGAACCACUCAGGACAACCUCAGGUCUCCCCCAUGAUACCCCCCCAGCCUUUGCAGAAGCCGCUCCCCACGUGUCCUGAGUGCAACAAGAGCUUCAGCACCCGGACUGCAUUGGCCAUCCACGAGCGGAGCCACACGGGCGAGCGCCCCUUCACCUGCACUGAAUGCGGCAAGAACUUCAUCCAGAAACAACACCUGGUCAAACACCAGCUCAUCCACACCGGCGAGCGCCCCUUUGCCUGUGUUGACUGUGGUUACAAAUUCAGCCAAAAGCAACACCUGCUCACUCACCAGCGCAUCCACACCAAGGAACACCCCUUCAUCUGUGCUGACUGCAACAAGAGCUUCAGCCAGAAGGGGUCCCUUAUCAAACACCAGCGCAUCCACACGGGCGAACGCCCCUUCACUUGUCCCAACUGUGACCAGCGCUUCAGCCGGAAGCAGCAUCUGGUCAGUCACCAGCGCAUCCACACAGGUGAGCGACCCUUCACCUGCUCCGACUGCGGCAAGAGCUUCAGACGCAAGGGUGACCUUGUCAUCCACCAACGCAUCCACACUGGUGAGCGUCCCUUUGCCUGCAACCACUGCAACCACUGCUUCAGCCAAAAGCAACACCUGGUCACCCACCAGCGCAUCCACACGGGUGAACGACCCUUCAUCUGCACUGACUGUGGGAGGAGCUUCAGAGAGAAGGGGGCCCUGAUCAAGCACCAGCGCAUCCACUCCACUGAGUCCCCUUCGCUGCUCCAACUUGGUGAGAAGCCCUUUUCCUGUGUCCACUGCAGCAAGAGCUUCAGCCAGAAGGGCCACCUCAUCACCCACCUGUGCAUCCUCACCGCAGAGCACCCCUUUGCCUGCACUGAUGGCGGCAAGAGCUUCAGCCUUAAGAGUGCCCUGACCAGACACCAGCGCAUCCACACCGGCGAGAAGCCCUACAAGCGUGGCCAGACCUGCAGCCAGAAGUCUGGAACAGAAACACCAGCGAGUGCACCGGGCUGUGCUGGCAGUGCCGAGGGCGGCUGGCAUUCCCUGAUCAAUUACCAGCGCAUCCACACAGGUCAGCAGCCCUCCACCUGUGCUGCCUGCGGCAAGAGCUUCAGCCAGAAGGGUGCCCUGAUCAAGCACCAGCGCAUACACCCUGGUGAGCACCCUUUUGCUUGUGGCCACUGUGACCACCACUUCAGCUGGAAGCAAGAGCUGUUUGGACACCAGUGCAUCCACACUGGGGAGCACCCCUUUUCCUGCAUUGACUGUGAUAAGAGCUUCAGCCGGAAGGGUGCCCUGAUCAAGCACCAGCGCAUCCACAGUGGUGAGAGCCCCUUUGCCUGUGCUGACUGCGGUUACCAAUUCAGCCAAAAGCAACACCUGCUCACCAACCAACACAUCCACACCAGGGAGCGGCCCUUCUCCUGCACUGACAGUGACAAGAGCUUCAGCCAGAAGUGCAACCUCAUCCCUGACCAGUGUAUCCACACAGGUGAGCGCCCCAUUGCCUGCGCCGACUGAGGCAAGAGCUUCAGCCAGAAGGGUGCCCUGAUCAAGCACCAGCGCAUCCACACCGGCGAGAAACCCUACAAGUGUGAUGAUUGCAGCGAGGCCUACAGCCAGAAGUCUGAUCUGAAGAAACACCAGCGGCUGCACCAGGGCCCACAGGGUGACUGCCUUGGCAGCCCGGUGGCCCCUGAAGCUGAUGCUGAGAGUCCCACGUGGACAGAUGUUGCUUUCUUUUUCCUAUUUGAGACUAAAUCAAAAGCUUCUUGGUCAGAUGGAAUGCAGUCAAACCAGGUCGGACCCUCCCCCUCCGUCUUUGUAUCCCACGGGAAGGGGGUGGGGGCAGUGGGCGGGCGGCGGGUGGUGCUUCAUUACCCACUGGGGCUGCACCGCGACAGCGCCCCUGUCCCCACACCCCAGGGUGAAGGGGCGCUCGCCUGUGUGGAUGCGCUGAUGCUUGAUCAGGUUGCUCUUCGCUCUGAAGCUCUUGCUGCAGUUGGUGCAGGCAAAGGGGCACUCACCGGUGUGGAUGCGCUGGUGGCUGAUCAGGUGAUGCUUCAGGCUGUAGCUUUUGCCACAGUCAGCACAGUGAAAUGGGCGCUCACCCGUGUGGAUGUGCUGGUGGGCGCUCUUGCUGCAGUUGGUGCAGGCAAAGGGGCACUCGCCCGUGUGUAUGCGCUGGUGGUGGAUCAGGAUUUGCUUCUGUCUGAAGCCCUUGCCACACUCCAUGCAGACGAAGGGGCGCUCACCCGUGUGGAUGCGUUCGUGUCUGGUCAGGCUGCUCUUCCGGCUGAAGCUCCUACUGCAGUCGGUGCAGGUGAAGGGGCGCUCACCCGUGUGGAUCUUCUUGUGGGCGCGAGGCGAGCAUUCCGUAGGUGUCCAGCAUCACCUCCCGGUAGAGCCGCCGCUGCCAGCCCGCCAGCUCUGCCCACUCCUGGCGGGAGAAGUAGACGGCCACCUCCUCGAACGGCCCCGCCAUCCGCAGCCCGAAGCACGCCCGGCUCAGCUCGCCCCGCCGCGCCUUGCCCGGCCCCCUCUGCCCCAACCCUGACGCCGCCAGGCCGGACCCGGCAGCCCCGGGGUCGCCGCUCCCCCGCCAGGCCUGGCAGUGCCCUUCUCGCAGCCGGGCUGCCCGCAGAGGGGCCGGGGGCUGCAGGGCCAGCCUGCCUGCGGGGCUGCUCUUCCCCGGGCCCGGGGCACUGGGAUGCAGAGCCCUCCGGCACUGGGAUGCUCUGGGACCCCGCGCUCCUUCCGACUCGCUGGCGCCAGCACUGGGCUCGGAGCCUGGGGGGUUGCGUGGGGGUGGGGGGCGGCCAGGCCGGAAAAAACCACUUCCCUUCCAAAGCAGAUGCUGAUUGCGCUCUGAGGCUCGACCGGAGCGGGGCCGCUCGGGGCCUCGCAAUUUCCCCCCAGGCGCUGCUGCAGCGAGAGCCGCUCUGGGCUGUGCCCGCCUGGAGCCUGGGCUGCUCGAGAGACACCAAUUCCGCCCCAGAACCCUUUCGUCGUCUCCGUCCUUGUCGGCGGCGGAGCUGCGGGCAGAGGGGGUGUCGGGGGGCGAGGCGGGGGCUCCGGCCGUGCUUCGGGCUGCGGAUGGCGGGGCCGUUCGAGGAGGUGGCCGUCUACUUCUCCCGCCAGGAGUGGGCAGAGCUGGCGGGCUGGCAGCGGCGGCUCUACCGGGAGGUGAUGCUGGACACCUACGGAAUGCUCGCCUCGCUGGGCUGGGACACCGUCAAGCCCGAGCUCAUCUGCAGGCUGGAGCGAGGAGAGACGCCGUGCGUUCCAGACCCCCCCGGGGAGCAGCGGAGGCACCGCAGCCCAGUGCCGGGCGGGUCCCGGGGGUCCGUGGCAGCGGUGGGUUGUUCCAUCAGCAGAAGCUGGGGAGACUCAUCCCAAAGCCAGCUCAGAGGGACCUCGGCGAACCACUCAGGACAACCUCAGCUCUCCCCCAUGAUACCCCCCCAGCCUUUGCAGAAGCCGCUCCCCACGUGUCCUGAGUGCAACAAGAGCUUCAGGACCCGGACUGCAUUGGCCAUCCACGAGCGGAGCCACACGGGCGAGCGCCCCUUCACCUGCCCUGAAUGCGGCAAGAACUUCAUCCAGAAACAACACCUGGUGAAGCACCAGCGCAUCCACACCGGCGAACGCCCCUUUGCCUGUGUUGUCUGUGGUUAUCAAUUCAGCCGAAAGCAACACCUGCUCACUCACCAGCGCAUCCACACCGGCGAGCGUCCCUUUGCCUGCAGCCACUGCAACCACUGCUUCAGCCAAAAGCAACAAUUGGUUAUCCACCAGCGCAUCCACACUGGCGAGCGCCCCUUCACUUGUCCCAAUUGUGACCACCGCUUCAGCCGGAAGGAGCAUCUGGUCACUCACCAGCGCAUCCACACGGGCGAGCGACCCUUCACCUGCUCCGACUGCGGCAAGAGCUUCAGACGCAAGAGUGAUCUUGUCAUCCACCAGCGCAUCCACACUGGCGAGCGACCCUUCACCUGCUCCGACUGUGGCAAGAGCUUCAGCCGCAAGAGUGACCUUGUCAGCCACCAGCGCAUCCACACGGGCGAGCGUCCCUUUACGUGUCCCAAUUGUGACCACCGCUUCAGCCGGAAGGAGCAUUUGAUCACUCACCAGCGCAUCCACACGGGUGAGCGACCCUUUACCUGCUCCGACUGCAGCAAGAGCUUCAGAGAGAAGGGGGCUCUGAUCAAGCACCAGCGCAUCCACUCCACUGACCCCCUUCGCUGCUCCAACUGUGACAAGAACUUCAUCUGGAAGUGUGUCCUGACGAAUCACCGGUGUGUACACACUGGUGAGCGUCCCUUUGCCUGCAGCCACUGCAACCACCACUUCAGCCCUCACCUCCACUCUGGCCCAGCCCCCUGGUUGCUGGAGAAGACCCCCUCCAUGUUCCCUGAGUGCAAGAAGAGCUUUAGGAACCAGACUGCACUGGCCAUCCAUGAACAGAGCCACACGGGUGAGUGGCCCUUCACCUGCUCCAGGUGUAGCAAGAGCUUCCUCCAGAAGGACUCCCUGAUCAACCACCAGCGCAUCCACACAGGUGAGUGCCCCUUUGCCUUUAUUGACUGUGGGAAGAGCUUUAGCAACACCAUCUCCCUUCUCAGGUGUAAGUGAAUCCACAGUGGUGAGAAGCCCUUUUCCUGUGUCAGCUGCAGCAAGAGCUUCAGCCAGAAGGGUGCCCUGAUCAAGCACCAGCGCAUCCACACCGGUGAGAAACCCUACAAGUGUGAUGAUUGCAGCGAGGCCUACAGCCAGAAGUCUGAUCUGAAGAAACACCAGCGGCUGCACCAGGGCCCACAGGGUGACUGCCUUGGCAGCCCGGUGGCCUCUGAAGCUGAUGCUGAGGGUCCCACGUGGACAGAUGCUGCUUUCUUUUUCCUAUUUGAGACUAAAUCAAAAGCUUCUUGGUGCUGA